UUUGGGUUUCGCCAGACAUUUGUGAAUGAGACGCCGCGAGCGUUGGACACGCGCGUGCUUUACAAGAGGGGGCUCAUCGCGAACGUUGUUGGCGCGCCGCUAAAAUUCCAGUCGAGAUUUGUGGAAUAAGUGGCGUAGAACAAAGUGCUCGGCGCGCGGGAUUUGCACAAAUUUGGCGCGAAUGCUUGGAGAGUGAAAGUGAAUUUGUGAUAUAUAAAACGAUACGAUGGAGAUUCUUGGGACUAGUGCUAGCAUCUGGCUUGUGGUAUUUGUUUGCAGCGUGAAUUCGAUCUACGUUCCAUCGCUGUUUGAUUUCAUCAAUCACAUGCCGAUGUCGAAUGACUCCUCACUCAACGAGACCACACUCCUCCUGGACUGGGACAGCCGGGCCAGCAUAGAGUUUCUCCCGGGAGCCAAUGAAUCUCUUUCCCCAGUGGUUUGUGUCCUUACAACUUCGAUGGAUGAUCUGCCACCGGAUCUCUUCUCGAAAACCGAACGGCUAAACGGAGCGAUCAUACUUCACUUCUUAGCUGCCAUCUACUUUUUUACGAUAUUAGCCUACGUAUGUAGCGAGUACUUCUUGCCAUCGGUGGAGUACAUCUGUGAAGAUCUGCAUCUGUCUGAGGAUGUAGCUGCAGCAACUUUUAUGGCGACGGCAACAUCUAUGCCGGAAUUCUUCACAAACACCAUCAGUACCUUGGUGGUCGAUUCAGACAUGGGCUUGGGGACCAUCAUGGGUUCCAUGCUGUUCAACACUUUGGGAGUUGCCGCAUUAGUUGGUUUGUUAACCAAAUCGCACGUGAAACUUGAUUGGUGGCCGUUAACACGCGACUCGAUCAUCGUUAUCAUCAGUACAAGCUCACUGGUUUCUUGCCUUUGGGAUGAACGAGUCUACUGGUAUGAAUCGCUCGUUUUCGUCGUUCUCUACGUACUAUAUUUCUUAGUCAUGUUCCAAAACGAUCGCAUGAAGCGAAUAGCAGUUUCCUUGAUCGAAGAUCGUUGGAAUCUCUGCCGAAGGCUGGAGAAGAAAUCUUCCGAUGAACCCCAAUCGGAAUAUAAAAACCAUCGAAAGUACUCGAUAGCCGUGCUGGGAGAGGCCAUCAAUACCAACUUACGUAUCCCAACCAGUGAUAAGGAAGCUCCUCGUAUCUCGUACGAUUCCAGUGGCGAAUCGGAUCAAUCCGACGAUAGCAGAAUGCAUCUGCUGAAGAUAUCGAAAGACUCGUGGCUGGGAGUUUUCUGGUGGUUUUACACCUGGCCUUUCCGGGUGAUAGUCAACGUAACGAUUCCAGAUCCCCGGAAGCAUCGUAAAUUAUAUCCGUUGACAUUCUUUAUGUGCAUAGCGUGGAUCGGUGGUACAGCUUACAUGGUGUUCUGGAUGAUGACGAUCAUUGGAAGUACGUUUGAUGUGCCGGAAACGGUCAUGGGACUUACCUUCCUCGCGUUCGGCGGAUGCAUGCCCGAGGCAGUUUCGGCCAUUACGGUGAUAAGAAAAGGAAAUGGCUCCAUGGGCGUAUCGAACUCGCUGGGUGCAAACACCCUAGCAAUCCUGUUCUCAUUAGGACUACCGUGGUUCAUCCGGAAUAUGAUGGAAGGAGGAGCCAUCACUGGAGCUUACAUCGAAAUAAAUUCCUAUGGAAUGCAGUAUUCGGUUUUGGCUCUAUUUCUAGCAGUAGGGAUUCUCUAUCUGGUGCUUUAUUUAUCAAAGUUCACGCUACGAAAGUUGGUAGGAUUAGCACUGUUGAUUGCGUACUUGAUCAUUGUCUCUUUUAUGAUUCUAGUCGAAUUAGAUGUAUUUUUUCCGUCGAAAAAUAUUUGUUGAAUAUACAAUUUGUUAUUAUUUA